AGGUGUUAGUGCAGGCUCAAGCGCUCGGUUCUGGCAAAGAUUCAAUCGGCAAUCAUUAACAACGCCUUACUUCCGCCCUUCAACCCCCCAUCGAUCCGCCAAGAUGACUGCUGCGUGGAAAGCCGCCGGUUUGACCUACAACCGCUACCUGGCCGUCGCGGCCCGCGCCAUCCGCCGAAGCCUUAAGGAGGACAAGAGAAUUGUUGCCGAGCGACGUGCUGUUUCCGAGCUGCGAUUUGCUGUCUGGAAGAACGGCAAGCCUGGCGAGUCCAAGGAUCUCGCUGCCGCCAACGCCGCCGCCAUGGCCGAGAGCGCCUCUUCUUAACCUGGACAAUUGAAAAGGGAA